GGAGGGAAACCUCAGAUGGAAACCAAGAGUGGCAAUCAUUUGUCUAGGAUCUUCUCCCCCCUCUGAAAUCUGAAUUCCAACAGAGAUCCCGUCUGCCCACUCCUUCCUUCCUUCCCUCUCCUCUCCUCUCCAUCCUUUUGUGCGCGCAAGUUGUUAAACUGGCACACGACUUUGGCUUUUUGAGAGAGGCCACAUACAUACGGCUUACUGGAGAGAGGCGGGGCCGCCGCUUUUUGGCCUCCUCCCCAUUGGAGCGCACAAAGCUGGGCGGCACCAUUUAACACUACCACCACCACCACCACCACCACCAGGCGCACCGUCACACAACACACGCGCCAGGGGAGCGACACGCAGGAAUCACACUGGAGUUUGCUUUCUCUCCUGCGAGCAGAUCGGAUUUGAACCAAGAAAGUUGCCAGCAGUCCACACUUGGAACAAUUGUUGGAGAAGUAAUCACCAAACUUGUCCAGGUUGUGUGAAAAUGCACUACAACUUAUAGCCGAAAAUCACGAAGCUCUGAUCUGGUACCAGCAUUCUGAAUUUGUGGAGUGUAUCCAUCGAGGCUGGAGACGCCAAAUUCUGUUCUAGAGGAUUUGCUGGGGUUGCUGAUGGAAGACGAUCCUAAUCAAAACUUUGAGCCAUUCUCGCAGCCUUUCUGCAGCCAGAAUGUGGUUUCAUUUCAAACAAGCGCGACAAGUAGCGGGUCAGGAGGCAUGCCAGUGUACCUGGACUGUUCCAGCAGCAUCGAGACUAACAUGGGGAUGAUGAACACAACACCUUCAGUAGUUGUCUCGACUAGUCCAUCCAGUAUGGUUGCUGAUUCUGCGCAGAACCUCAAAUAUGGAGGACCCCUGGCUGCGGAUUGGUCGUAUCUCGAGCUCCAGGUGCUGAAAGAUUGCCUCGACAGAUAUGUGAAUGAACAUGGCAUUAUGAAGUACAUAAAGAUAGCAGCAUCAAUACCAACCAAGACGGUGAGGGAUGUUGCGAUGAGAUGCCAAUGGAUGGGCAACAAACAAAAUACAAGACGACGGAGGCCUGCAGAGCAUCAUAGCAGAAAAAUGAAAGAUAGAAAGGAUAAUAUGUUAGGGCCUUCGUCGUCCUGGGGUACCCGUACCAGUUAUUCUGUUCAGACAGAUACAAGAGUUUCUUCCUUUGUGCCACAUCAUGCCAUUCAAAACAGUCAAUUUCUAUCUGGAGCCUCUGAGAUAGAUCGGGCAGUUCAGAAUGUACUGGAUGAAAACAAUCGGCUUCUUAAUCAGAUAGACACAAAUAUUCAAGGAUUUCAGGCUCACAACAAUAUCGAUCUAUUCCAUCGCGUGAGAAUGAACAUUGAUGGCCUUUUACAAACCAUGAGCCAAAUGCCUGGAAAAAUGAGUGAGAUGCCUCGGUUGCCAGUUUGGGUGAAUGAAAAUCUUGCUAGCUACUUGCUCCCAGAUCCUAGAAUGGUAAGUACUUCAAGUUCCUGCCACUGGUUGACACUCUUUUAUCACAUAUCAGUUUAAAGUUCUGCAUUUUACCUAGUGAUUUCAUGUUCUUUCAUGAACUUGUUUGAAAUUCGAACCUCACAAUCUUGUGCCGUUCUUGAUCUAGUAAACCAACUUACCAAGUAACCUUUCUUUCUCAAGGCACAAGUUCUUGGAAAAAGCCAUUUGAAGGAGGAGCCAAGAGGAUGGUGAGUCAUAGCCAACAGGUCACAGAUGAGGCAGAUACUGAAACUUCAUCGGUAGUUUGAUGAAUUAGUGAGUAUAAAUACUGCUUCAGCAUAUACGCCAGAUGGCGAUGAAUAGAGUCACCAGGGGAACCUUCUUCCUCUAUAUAGAAUCAAUGGAGAGGUGACUGAGAAGCCACUCUGCAUUGCAUCACAACAAGCCUGUAUAUUGGUGGCUGAACAUUGAGGGAGCAGUGAUGGUUUCAGGAAACUGCAGUUUUUCUCGUCCUGCUGCACCUGCAAAUAUUGAAUCUUUUUUUGGAUUUCUCCUCCAGAGAGAGUAGAGUAAAUAGAAAAUGUAGCACAGGAAGCCAAUAAGAACUAGCUACAUAGCAAAAGAAAAGCCUUUUUGCCGGUCACUAUUUACUUCUUCUCCCUGUAUGUAAACGUAAGUCCAGAUAUCUAGUAAUGUUAUCCAA